AUGUUCUCCAAGUUCCUGAUGAACGUUAAGGGUGUGACGCCCCGUGGGAGCGAUUGGGCCAAUCGACUCGGUCCUGUGGCUCUCUUUGGUUACGGGGCAGGCAUGCCACGGCGGGCUCCACUCCUAGACUUUUUUCUUCAAUCACCACGCGACUGUGACCAUUACGCGGAGUUAACUAUUCAUGAUAAGGGCCCAAUUGAGUGCCCUCCUGAAACUGUUAUGUUUAUGCCCGUUUUAAAUUGUGGUCAAAUGUUGGAUGAAGCAGCGGGAACAGAGACUCCCACAAGCGACGAGUGGUACCUGGGAUCACUCGAGGCGUCAACGGAGCUGUUAGAAAAGGGCUAUGUUCCGGUCAGCGUGGGCGGGGAUGGCUCAGCGACGCUUUCAAUGGUUGAGGCGUACAAGCGACUGUUCCCAUCUGACGACAUUGUUAUUGUUCACUUUUCGGCACGUCCAUCUGUGAGCGACCCACGGUCGCCGCUGAGAGUGCUUUUGGAUAAGGGGUUGCUAAAGGGCGUUGUUAGCGUGGGUAACCGUCAAGUGUCAUCGGAGGACAGGAAGGUUCGGAAGCUUCAUAAGAUGUUUUACAUGGAUAUGCACGCCAUAUACUCCAAGGGACUUUUUUGCAUACGUGAUAUCAGGAAUGACUACCCCGUUUUCAUAAGCAUUGAUGCCAGCGUGUUAGACCCCGCGUUUGCCCCCGCCGUUGACAGCCCCGUUGCUGGAGGGCUCUCGACACGCGAUUUGCUUCACAUAAUGAACGGCAUCCGUGGACCCAAGGUGGUAGGAAUUGACGUUUACGGCUACAACCCCGACCUUGAUGUGUACAGGAAGGACAAUGUCGGCCUUACCGCAAUUGCGUUAUCGAAAAUAAUAAAAGAGGGAAUACUUAAGGCAUACAGCAUAUCGACUCACACGGAGGAAGAGGGGAUGGAACGGGUUAAGAUGCUACAGCGUCAGGGGACCGUCUCUGAAAAUCCGUACCCCGAUCAUUGA